AUGGUUGAUACCCGGCUUGAUGUCCAUGUUCUUUCGGGUUGGCUUGGGGUCUAUGUUUCGCUGUAUAUGCUUGUGUCGAUUCUGCACCAAUCAAACCUACUUUGCAACCUCGAGCGGAUUCCGGAUGUUGCCUCUGCCGUCAAGGGCCUCCUGUCGGGCACCUCCGUCGCAGGCUUGAUGCAAGUUCUGACCAGUUUGAAUGAGCGCAGGAAAUGGCGCAGAGCCGCAUGUUGGAGGAGAAAAGUGAAGCUCGCUAGGCACAGACGCCCUGGACGACGUACUAGAGGUACUGGGUAG